GGUACAUUCAAUGUUAGCGAAUGUAAACCGAGACUUUCCGAAUCGUCACAAUCCUCCGAUGAACAUACAAGCAGUGACGUCAAAUACUCAAAUAAUCAUCUUUUAUGUCUAAAAUGAGUUUUAUUUUGUAUUUACUUAUUAUUGCUAUGAUAUUAGUGUUCUUAAAUAUCUUCUUGAUGAUCUACAUGGACCAAAACGACAAGAAAUUGCAGCCAAAUGAACAUUUUGAAUACCAGUUGGACAAUGAAUGGACAAAUUCCCUUUAUAAAAUGAAUUUGGGAAAAUUAAAAAAAAUUCAUGAACUUCCAAAGGACAAGAGUGGUGAAUACUAUAUCAAUAAAUACUUCAUACAAAGUCAACAUGAAUCCCUACCACAUGAUGUUGUUCUUGUCACUCACUGCACAGAAGAUCAUCUAUAUCGUUUGAUUUCUCUUGCCAAAUUAUGGCAAGGAUCAAUAUCUGUAGGUGUUUUUGUACCAAACAAUGCCCUACGCCAGACUUUAGAUAUGUUGAACCUGCUUUAUCAAUGUUAUUUCCACAUUCGUCAACAAGUAUCAAUCCAUUUGAUUCACCCAGUAGCCAUGAUCAUGAAUAAUGCAGCUGAUACUUUGAUAGAUGCAAUGGAUAAAUGGAAAAGAAAAAAUAUCAAUUGUGUCAAGGCACUUGAAUUUUUCCUCAAAAGAAGCCAAGAUGAUGCAAAAAAUUAUGCAAAAAAGAUAAAUUAUCCAAGUAAUGUUCUUAGAAAUGUUGCGAAACAUGGUCAUUCCUCAAUCUAUUCCCUUGUCAUGGACAUUGAUUUAGUUCCAAAUCAGAACUUGAGAAGCAAAUUCUUAAAAUUUGCAACACAAAAUAAUCUAUUCAACGGAGGAAACAGCUUUUAUAACGAAAAAAGCGUGUUCGUUUUGCCGGUGUUUGAAAUGAAUUCGGAAAGCUACGAAGAAGUUCCGAAAGAAAAGUCGCAAUUGUUAAAUAUGCUCGAUAAAAGUAUUCGUCCUUUUUAUUAUGAAGUUUGUCAAAAAUGUCAGAGACGAACGGAUUACACAAGAUGGAAGAGUUUAGAUAAUUCUGAGAAUUAUUUCGAUGUUGGAUACGAAGUUUCGUGGAAAGAUCCAUGGGAGCCCUUUUUCAUUUCACCAACGUCCGCUCCAGAUUAUGAUGAGAGAUUUAAACAGUAUGGCUUCAACAGAAUAAGUCAUGCUUGUGAACUUCAUAUGGCUCGAUAUCGUUUUUUUAUUUUGAAUCGAGGCUUUCUUCUUCAUCUUGGAUAUAAAGACAAAAACUCGUUCCACUCAUCGAAAAACGACGAAAAUAAUCGAAACAGGAGACUUUAUAGGAAUUUAAAAACUGAACUAAAACAGAAAUAUCCCUUUUCAAAAAAUCGAUGUUGACGUCAUCUGAGCUGCGCCUAGGUUUUUAAUGAUCAAAAAAUCUUUUCUCUUAUUUAGCCUCAUUUUUAAUUGUAAAUUGUAUAUUUUUUCCGAAGUUUUAUUGACAGUGUAAAUAUGUACAAAUCGAAAUGCUAGAUUGUCCUUUCGUCCAGCAAAUGAAUUAAUGAAAAGAGUUUAGGGAAUUGAAAA